AUGGGCCAAUCCUUUCGCUCUUCAUCCCCCAAUCUGUCCAGGUCGCGUCAAAUAUGUCGACAUGUCUACCAUUCUCCGAAGGCAUGCCUGAGGCCCACUAUCGUCGUGACUAACCCUCCACCUGGUCCGAACUCCCUAGCCAUUCAGCCAACCAUUGAGUCCACUAGGCACACCAACUUGCCCACAAAUCCCACUCAUUCAAGUCACCAACCACCCUUGCCUGCUGAAGACCCACUUUCUUGGCCGCUCUACCGUACACUUCUCUUCGCCGAUUCGUUCAUUUAUUUAACACUUGUCUUUUCUUCCCUGCCCCAACGUCCCUCCUUCCACCCAUUGCAAACGCUGGCCUGCCUCACCAACCUUUCCACUUGCCCAUCCACAUGGCCUGAGGUAGUCAGCCCCCAGACACCAGACUCGCCAUAUACCACCCUUCAGGGCACAAUGCAUUGUAAUCUCCUGCCCAUGAGAGACCAUUAUCGGGCAUAUGAGGCCUGCUUGCCACUUCGGGUACCAUUAUCACUCAAACACGCAUGUCUUCUUCACCUGCCCUUCUGUCCGAACCAGGCAAAGCGUCCGCGUUGCACGCAAAUCGGCCUCAAAUGCAACCGGCCCAGUCUUCUCAUCCUCACUAGCGUUGCCGGUCUUUUGACAAGCCGACUUGAUAAGUAUGUUCUGCAUCUGCCCAACACAGCGGUUGCAUUCAAGCUUCCGUUAGGCGUCACCUUUUAUUUUCAUACUUCACGCAUGCAGACUGCCUCCAUAGACUUCUCCAAAAAUGACCGUUCUCCGCUUGAAGAAAUGCCACCGACUUUGCACGUCUUGAUGCCCCUGCCAGGCCUAGCCUUUCAUGAGUAA